UAUUAUGCUAGGUGACAAAACGAAUAGAUUAAUUCAUGGCUGUGACAAACCAUUCUAGAGUUUCUUUUUUUAUUAUUAUUAUCUCCACAGUGAAUGAGGGAUAUUUUCGAUAUUUAGCCUAAGUGAACUCGAUAUAGACACAAAUCGUUUAAGCAGCGUCAUAAAUUGCGUGGUGUGCCUCUUCAGUUUAUGACUUUCACAUAAGUACAGAGCCGGACAGUAAUUUCCAUUAGCGUCGUCGCGAUUCUCCGUGGUUGUCCAAUUUUCCUUGCGCUUGCCUGCACAUUUAUCAAACUUCAAAAUCGACCUUGUAAAUAUUUGCCUCCAUCCAUCUCUAUUGCCGAGCGUCGCUUUAUCGAUAGGCUGCUUCCUGCAAUCUUGGGUUAUAAUAUUUAUAGAGAGAAACGUAAAACAGUCAAUACAUCUAUGGGAAAUACGACGGUGCUUGGUAGCGGAGGAAAUCUACCUUAAUCCAUAGUUCGGAUCACUCACGCUUCGUGGAUACCGCUACCAUAGGUGAAAACAGACUUGAAGUGUGGAUCCGCGUUACAGGUAUCCCUAGCGAUAUCGUUAUCUCAGAAAGUGAUAGCAUUCGAACACAAUUUUCUAACCAAGUAACCCGCCAGAAUGAGCGCAUUAGAUCAUGACCUCGGCUGUGGCAGGAUACGUCACAAACAAGGGAGGUAACCUAGUACAACUUACGUCGUUCUCUCUAGUAGAAGAUUGCAGGACGGAGAAAAUCGACAACAACCUGAAACAAGAGAUAACAAAGCUGGUUAACGAUCUGAAUCACGAGACUGCGCAAUACUGUACCUUGGUUGUUGCCCUAGGCGGAAGUCAGGAUACAUUGGACCUGCGCGAUGAGCUCAAACACAUCCGCCAGAGGGCGUUCGAGAUAGCGCGCCAAAACAAACAUAAAUUGAUACCUGCUUUAAGGAAGAAGAAUGUUUGCGAAGAGGACGCAAAACACUUAGAGCGCUUGUACAACAUGUACUCGGCCUGUCUAGAAAUGCUGGAGGUGGAACUCUUCCAGACCCUCCGACUUCAGAAAAUGUUUCCCUUACAGUCCGGUGUCCACGUUCUUAUCAAUGUGGGGACAUCCGAACCAUUUCUUGGAUUCAAAUCCCAAAUCAACAUCUCCGAAGUUUCCAUACAGAGGGAAGCAGAUGAUCUUAAUCAGUUAGAACGGGAUUUAACGGAUGUUCGGGAACUGCUGUUCACCAUUAAUCAGAAAAUUGCCGUCCAGCCAUGGGCAGCCGACGCGUGUUACAACGAAAACUCUCCACACGAGGAAGAUUGCAAGUCCGAGUCUUCGUCAAAUGGAUCCACGGCGUCAUCUAUCGACAUCACUAUGGUAGAACCGAACACCAAGAAGAAGCGGUGGCUGUGCGUGGUCAUUAUGACAUUUGUUGCGGUGCUUCUUUCGGCGGCCAUUAUCGGAGUUUGCCUGGGUCUACUUAAAUGACCAUGCUAGUUACAACAUUACAAACGUAUGCCACGAUAACACGUAAAUCAAGAAUAUAUAUUAUUUCAAUGUCUGAUAAACUUACUGUUAUACAUGUGAAUUGAUACCUGUUAACAAUAUAUAGGCGGCAGUAACAUUGGUGUGUAGUUUCAAUUACGUCAGGAAAUGUGCUAUUUCCCGCGAUCCCAAAUACCAUGUACAUUUUACGUUAGGAAUAAUUCAGCAUAGGCGUAACCGGACACCAUUUUCACACUUUCAUUGACGAUUUCGGAAUUUUCGUAGCUUCAUUAUGCUAAAUAGCGACGUCAUAAAAUAUAAUUAUUUCUCAUUGUUUUGAAUCAAGGUAUAAUUGGUAACUCUUUAAUAGCAAUUACAUAGUAGUAUCUCCCGAUACUAGGGGAUACCGUCUCGUAUAUGCCUUUGUGAUUGGGGCCUUUAUGUCCAACGUUAACCAUUAUCUACCAACUGCAUAAAACGGAUCUUUGGUUUUCCACCAAAAGUUCAUUAGUAAUAUCUGCACUUCUUAUGAAACAUUUUCCAGAUACUAGUAAUCAUUUUAGAAUUUUGAAAUCACAGACUAUGACAGAUUAGUAAAUGGUGGAAACUCGCGCUGUUGACUAUCCACAUUACCGCCAAUACCUAAUGGUCUGUGUAGUGUGCUAUAUCGAGACUUGUUGUACUUACCCGAGAAAUGUACUUACCAUUGAAAUCCUAGAUUGUUUGCUUUCUUACAAUUUGAAUUUGAUACGCGGUAAUUAAAAUGACAUGUACAUGUAGCUUCUGUGAUUGACAGAUGUAUUAUAUAGUAUUGUAUUGUUUAUUGGCUUUAAGCCUUACGGCUCAUCAGCAUAAUACAUAUUCAAUUACAAAGUAUAAACAAAAAAGAUGUAUACAGUAUGAAAAGUGGAGUGAAUAUUAGAGGAUGGACAUACAUGAAGAGAGUUAUAAGACAAGUUUGCAUAAAAAAGAAACCAACAAAAACCAGCAUAUACAUUAGACGAUAGUUUGGCUAGAUCGUAAGAGUAAAGCACCUUUCAAAAAUUUACCCAGAUUACAGAUUUGUUUUCUAUUAUGAAUUGACAUCAAUUGUACCAGUUUAAACAUAGAAGCUUUAGAGCUGUUCCAGGUUGAAUCCAGCAUUCUGAUAAAAAUAUUACAUCGUAGUCAGAUAUGACUGUGCAAAAGUCACUGUCACAUAUCUUUUGCUCUAAAUUUCUGUUUACAUUCCAUAGUAAUAAACAAAUCAUAUGCACAAACACACGGUAGACAGAUGGCAAUAUAGACACAAUUUGAAUGUAUUGUUAGACGCAAAAAUCCCUAUCUCAUUUUUUAGUCAAUGCAAAUAUGUACGCACAUGUGUAGCUCUCCAAGGUUAUUUACAAUUCUAGGGGAAUGUCCAGCUCUCGGAAAUUGUAACUGUUGGCACACGGACAGUUAUGCAAGUCCAAAGCAUGUGGUUAGGUUAAAGUGAACUCAUUGGGCCCUUUUUGCUAGUCCUGAACGGCUCGUAUUAUUCAUGCAUUCAGGGGCGGAUCCAGGAAUUGCGGUUACGGGGGGCGCCACUUUAUGAGGCAGGGGGUCUGGGGGCGAAGCCCUGGUGGGGGGCCCAGGGUGCGAAGCCCCCGGAAGCUCCUGGAUUUUACAGAUUUUAUAGGGCUUGAAAUAUGUCUCCUAUUUAGUCUUUUGUACUAUUUUCUAUCAUUUUUUAUGAGGUGAAAUUAAUAAAAUGACGCAAAUUUUAAGGGUUUUUGGAAAAAAUUAAGUUCUCCCAAUAAAGUAAUUCAAGAAAUCAAUAGAUUUUGUCAUUUAUUUCUCCAGGAGUGGAAGAAAUUAUUGCUUCUUGCAUUGUUUAGUACAUUUUUCUAAACAAGAUACCACGAUUUACCUUAAGUUUGAAAAUUUAAAUCCGCCACUGGCAUUUCCUAGUUCAACUUGAGAGAUCUCCAAAAAGAAACAUUGUAUGAUUCAUAGUUGAAAACUCAUGCUAAGUAUUUGUCAUAUUGAUAUAAAAUUUGUUUUUAAUUUAUGAAUUUGGAAUUUGCUAUUACAUUAAUUGAAAUGCUCGUUACGAGAAAAAGAAAAACUUUCCUGGAUUCGUCUCUUAUAUUUCAACGCAUAAUGAUGUAAUGACAUGGCAAAUAACUGUAACACGCAUUAUGUAGUGAAAUGACAAAUAACUGUAACACGCAUUAUGUAAUGAGAUGACAAAUAACUGUUGAAAUAACUAACACGCAUUAUGAAAUGACAUGACAAAUAACUGUAAUACGCAUUAUGUAGUGAGAUGACAAAUAACUGUAACACGUAUUAUGUAGUGACAAAUAACUGUAACACGCAUUAUGUAGUGAGAUGACAAAUAACUGUCACACACAUUAUGUAGGAGAUGACAAAUAACUGUCACACGCAUUAUGUAGGAGAUGACAAAUAACUGUCACACGCAUUAUGUAGUGAGAUGACAAAUAACUGUAACACGCAUUAUGUAGUGAGAUGACAACUAACUGUCACUCCACGACAUCCAACUUUAUUUUAUCAUGAUAAGAAAGAUAACUCUUACUUAUAGAAAUACUAUUGAAGUAUCCCAGGGUUUCGUACUUCGUGAAAGGGUUUAUUAUAUGUCCACUAUCAUUGUGUGUAAUAAGAUAUAAUUUUUCUACCAUUUGUAAUUAGUGGUUAUGUAGAAUGGCGUGGUAUCUGGUAUUCGUAUGUACAUGUAUAUAUGUGUGUAUGAUUGUCAUGGUAGCAACAAUUAAAGUAAAUGAUUGAAAACC